AUGGUCACCGUUUCAUCGAGACGACAUUGGAAUAAGGCUUCGUCCCAAAAUGAUGAUGUCGAUUUUGAUAAAGCUCAAUCGAGCUGGUUAAAGACUUUUUACAGAUGGCUUAUCACAAUUGAUGGCGACCCAGAAGUGAACAAGGGCAGAGUGUAUCAAUCUUUACCCAACGUUACCAACUACAUGUUCUUCCUUGGUGGCAGGUUUCGCACUGUACGAUGUCGUUCCAAUUUAGCCAUCUUUACAGGAUUUACGGUUGUGGCCCCUAUGGUCCUUUUCUCCAUUUUUGAAACUGGUAGAAUAUGGCACUCUAGAGACGGAUACAAACUAUUGGUGAUCUUUUUCUACUAUUUCUGGGCCAUGUGCCUUAGUUUUUUCGUGAGAACCGCCACCAGUGAUCCUGGUAUUUUACCUCGUAACAUUCAUUUGGGCCAGUUAAAAAGAAACUUCCAAAUCCCACAAGAGUACUACAGUACGAUCAGUCUACCUGCACCACAAACCAUUAGAGGUGAUAUCCAAGCCAAGAUUGAAUUAAAAUACUGCACAUCCUGCAGGAUAUGGAGACCCCCAAGAGCAUCUCACUGUUCUACGUGUGAAGCAUGUAUCCUGACACACGAUCAUCAUUGUAUCUGGGUCAACAACUGUAUCGGUCAAAGAAACUACAGGUAUUUCAUUUUGUUCCUGGCGAGUGCCAUUUUGUCGUCUAUCUUUCUCAUCGCCAACUGCAGUAUCCACAUUUAUCACCACAGAAACCUCCCUUCAAAAGUCCCCGUAACCAUUCUAUUACUCAUCUAUGGGGGGUUGGCCAUCAUCUAUCCAAUGCUACUACUGAUAUACCACAUACUCAUGACCGGAAGACAACAGACUACGAGAGAAUUUCUAAGGGAAGCAAAUUCGAAAAACCCGAUCUUCACCAAGAUCCAUAGUAUCGAACAUAAUCCAUUCGACAGGGGAAAUUUCACAGCAAAUAUGUUAUCCCUAAUCCUACAACCAAGAGGCAUAAGCACGAUAUGCCCUCAAGAACGUCACGGCGACAGGGACUGGAGAUUCGUUAGCGUUGCGGAUUUCCACAGCUUUGAAAAAAUGGAGACGCCACUAUAG